UUCGUUUCCCUUUCCUCUACAACGCCGCUCAGAAACUACACUUCCCUUGUACCGUCCGCUGCGAGGCGUCGUUAACGGAUAACCACGGUUUGUUUGGGCAUCCAGUAACAACCGUGGAGCUGUUUGCAAACAGCUGUGUGCUUCACUAACUGGACCUGCUGAGCUUUGAUCUUUGCUGACAGAAUGUCAGAGACAUCCAGUGACGCAGAGUCCUCCUGCGACUGGACCAUUAUCAAUAAUGAGGGUUCAGAUAUCGAGGCGUUGGGAUCAGAAGCUGUGGUUGAAGAAGAGGUUGAGAGGUUGGAGAACCCCACAGUGGAAGAACCGGUUCUGCAGGAAACACUUUCAGCUGCUUUGUGUGUCGAAGAAAAAGCAGUUGGAUCACUUGUUGGCCCCCGUACAGGACAGACUAUAGAUGCGUCCACCCUGCAGGGAAAUGCAGAGAAACAGCACGUGUUCUCAUUAAGCGAUCACUCUGAUAUUGUGACACUGGGAGAACUGAAGGAGGGUGCAGAGGAGGAGGCAGCCACCCGCGAGGAGCUUUACCUCGGCACGUCCUGCAGCAGCCAUUACACCUUCACCGCUACAGAGACCGGUUUCUUGUUGAGUCAGUGGAAACUUCCACAGACUCUGGUGAACUGGAGUUGCCGUCUGAGAGGCCAGCUCACUGGUAGCCGAUCUCGCCCAGUUUUCCCAGUGCAGCCGCCUGCGGCGACAAACUCGAGCAGCAGUGAAGAUGAGACGGAGCGAAGAGCCAGUCCUGCCAUCCGAAGACGAAGAGUUAGGAGAAACACCGCGAGUGUUGUUACAGAUCCGGAGGAGGAGGUGCUGCCGGAGUCACGCUCAAGUGAAGCAGAAGAGAAAGAGGAGCAGCAGGAGGAAGAAGAGACUGAAACAGCAGCUGCUGCGACUCUGGAUGAUGGAGGGGAAGGUGGAGGCGGCAUCCUCAACAAAUGCAUCCUGCUCGCCCUCAUCAUAGCCAUCAGCAUUGGCUUAGGUCACUUCUGCGGCACAGUCCAGAUUCAGGAAAGGCAAAAAACUGUGGAGAAAUUCAGCGUGAAUGAAGCUGCAGGUGUGAGGGAUCUGCUCCACCUACACCUCAGAGGACAACGUUCAACAAACCAGAGGAUCAACGUUGGUCAAGACGAUCUGGACGAACAACAAGCCAUUUUGCUGCUUACAGAACUGAUUGAGACGAUAAAGAACGAAAACCAGGAGCUCAGCGAAAAACAAGACCACAUCCAGGCCCAGAGAGAUGACCUGAAAAUGUUGCUGAGACAGACGAUUGAGGAGAGGACCAACAUCAUGUCCCAGCAUCAGCGUCUACAAGAUGAAAACCUGCUGCUGAAAAGCUCCCUGGAGCAAGAGGAGAAGUCCUUGUCCAUCUUACAGGAGGAGCUGAGGAACCUGCGCUCAAAGAUCAGGGAUCUGGAGGCGAUGGGAGCCGGAACGGACUCGCUGCUGUCUGAAAACCAGAGGCUGAAGGACCAGCUGCAGCUGAUCAGAGACGUCCACGCUCAGAGGGAAGACACGGCAGCUGAAGCACGGACGCUGAGAAACGAGCUCGACACAGAAAGGAAGGUCGCAGACGAUCUGAGGAAGGAGCUGACUCUCCUGAGAAGUCGUGCCGCUGCAUCUGGAAAAGAAAGCGGCUCGGAGGAUCUGCAGGAGCAUCUGACGGAGCUGCAGAAGAGGCUGAGCUACGAGCAGCAGCGCUCGGACCUGUGGGAGAGGCUGUACGUAGAAACCAAACACGAAAAAGCCAAAGGGGACCAAGAGUCCAAAGUGAAAAAAGCAAAAGACGGCGUGACGGGGAAAGUCAAAGAGACGUUUGACGCCGUGAGAAACUCCACCAGAGAGUUCGUCCACCACCACAAGGAGCAGAUAAAGAAAGCCAAAGAGGCCGUGAAGGAGAACCUGAGGAAGUUUUCAGAUUCUGUCAAAUCAACGUUUCGACACUUUAAAGAUUCUGCCUCGACCUUCAUCAACAAAGCUCAGAGUUUUUACAGCAGGGGACGCGACAGAAAGAACUCUGAAGAGUCGUGGCAGCACCAGCCCCACCACAGACACGAACCCGACGGCUUCCAGAGCGACCACAACACGCGCAAAUCAGGCGGGAGGGUUCACGAACAUCGAGGACACCACAGAGCCGGCAUGAAAGGAUGCACCGGGGUGUUCGACUGCGCCUACCAGGAGUCCAUGAGCCUCUUCAACACGGCCAUGGAGCCGAUCAGAGCUGACGAGUUCUACCAGCUGCUGCAGAGCUACCUGCAGCAGGAGGUGGAGCACUUCUACCACUGGAAGGAGCUGGAGAUGUUCGUCGGCAACUUCUUCCACAACGGAGUGUUCGUCCAUGACCGCAUGCUGUUCACCGACUUCGUAAGCGGAGUUGAAGAGUAUCUGUCCGACAUGCACGAGUAUCGCGGCCUCAACGGCGACAUGUUUGGAGGUCUCGACGACUACAUCUACAGGCACUUCUUCGGAGAAACCUACGCUAAAAGUCCCGGCCCGCGCAGCCCGUUCCAAAGACCCGACUCUUCGGAGGAGUCGAGGGCGAAGCACCAGCGGAAGCAUCAGCGAGGAAGAGCUCGACCGUGCGGCGAUCGAAAGUGGAGCCGAUCAGGAAGAAACGCCGAUCAACAUAUGGCUGACGUCAAGAUAGAGCUGGGCCCGAUGCCCUUUGACCCCAAAUACUAAAGAAAUCAGAGAUGAACGUUGUUUUUAGGCUCAUCUUGUAUUUUUAUUAAGCUGCCAAAAUCUUUUUUUUUUGUAAGUUUGCACGGUCUGUCGAAUGCUACUGAAUAUCUGUUCUGUGUUUAGAAAUCCAGUUCUUUAUGAAGCGAAAGAGGAGCUUGAACUUUUGGAGAAGCUCCUACCCACAGCCACUUUUAUUUACCGGUAGUUUGAAAUGCACAGAAAGACCAGACGUCGAGAGGAAAACUGAAAACCUUCACUUGACGUUUUGGGCUACGGUAAACAAAAUACCAGAUGCCACAUUUCAUGCUGUGUGUUUUUAUACGGUCGGUUUAGUUUUAAUCAGUUUUCAGAGUUCAGAUGUUUUCUAACGUUCCACCCUGAGAUUUUAAAAACUG